CAUGCGCCCCGUCCGGCUCGUCUACGCCAACGCCAGGACUCCCCCGCGCGCGCUCAAGUCGCCGGCCAGUCUCGCCGAACUCUGUGUCAGAAGGCUCAUACGAUGCCCGCAGGUGUUCACGCUGACCAGCCUGGCGGGCGUGAAGAGGCGGCAAGACCUAGGCCAGACCGGCAUAGAUGACAUGAUACAGCUCUCAGACCUCAACGAAGCGUCGUUGUUAUGGAACCUGAAGAUCCGAUAUGACAGAGAGCUAAUUUACACCUACACUGGAAGUAUCCUGGUAGCCGUCAACCCGUACAAAAUGUUCGACAUCUAUGGCCUCGACAUGGUCAAGAAAUACGAGGGGCAAAUACUCGGAACGUUGCCUCCGCACCUGUUUGCUGUUGGCGCUGCAGCUUACAGUCAUCUCCACAAAGAAGGAAUGCCACCUGAAAAUCAGGUUGUAGUCAUCUCAGGAGAGAGUGGUUCUGGAAAGACUGAAUCAACAAAAUUGGUUAUGCAGUAUCUAGCUGCUGUGAAUAAAGCACCUUCAAAUCUGAUAACUGAACAGAUUUUAGAAGCAUCACCACUGCUUGAGAGUUUUGGAAACGCCAAGACAGUGCGAAAUGACAAUUCAUCACGGUUUGGAAAAUAUCUCGAGGUUCACUUUAAAGAUGGUGUAAUAAUUGGAGCCAAAAUCACUGAGUACCUGUUAGAGAAGUCACGCAUAGUGACUCAAGCACCGGAAGAACGUAACUAUCAUGUCUUUUAUGAGAUGUUACGUGGACUUCCAUCAGACCAACGAGAAAAAUAUGGUCUUCUCUCGCCUGACAAAUACUUCUACCUCAACCAGGGAGGCAAUGUUGAGAUUGAUGGCAAGGCAGACAAUGAAGAUUUCCAGUCGCUUCUGUCAGCAAUGCAGGUUUUGGGUCUUUCCUCAGAAGAGCAAGAUACAAUUUUCAAGAUACUUGCUUCAGUGUUGCACCUAGGGAAUGUCUACUUUCAUCGGAAACAACUCAAGCAUGGAACAGAAGGAGUCGAGAUUGGUUCUGAUGCUGAAAUUCGAUGGACAGGACACCUUUUGCAGCUCAGUGUUGAUGGAAUCAAACGCUCACUCACUACUAAAACUACGGAAGCUCGUGGUGAACGUGUCUUCACUCCGCUGAGCAUUGACCAGGCUCUAGAUGCUCGUGAUGCCUUUGCAAAAGCUCUUUACAGCACACUUUUCUCCUGGUUGGUGUCUCGAAUCAAUCAAAUUGUUUUCAAGGGCACCAAACGGACUGCUGCCAUUUCUAUUCUCGAUAUAUUUGGAUUCGAGGAUUUCAAGGAGAACAGCUUUGAACAACUAUGCAUAAACUAUGCAAAUGAAAAUCUUCAGUUCUAUUUCAACAAGCACAUUUUCAAGUUAGAACAACAGGAAUAUGCUAAAGAGAAGAUUGAAUGGCAAACAAUCACUUAUACUGAUAAUCUGCCAGUCAUACAUCUGAUAUCUAAAAAGCCUGUGGGUAUUCUUCACCUUCUGGAUGAUGAGAGCAACUUUCCAAAGGCAACAGAUAUUUCGUUCUUGGAAAAGUGCCAUUACAACCAUGCUCUUGAUGAGCUGUACUCUCGGCCCCGUAUGUCUGGAAGUGAAUUUGGAAUCCGACAUUAUGCUGGACAAGUAUGGUAUAAUGUUGAUGGCUUCUUGGACAAAAACAGAGACACUCUGAGGCCUGAUGUUGUGGAACUCUUAAUCAGCAGUAAAUUGAGUAUGCUUAGCAAGAUGUUCCACAGUUUGCGUUCUAGUCAUGAAGCAGCAAAAACCAUUAACAAAGCUAAUGGACGCUUUGUCACAAUGAAACCAAGAACUCCAACAGUUGCUGCACGCUUCCAUGAUUCUUUGCAGCAUCUUCUGGAUUCUAUGUCAAAGUGUAAUCCAUGGUUUGUGCGCUGUAUCAAACCAAAUAAUGAUAAAGCACCAAUGAAAUUUGAUAUGCCAAUCGUCCUGGAACAGUUACGCUAUACAGGUAUGCUGGAGACAAUACGAAUACGGAAGAUGGGAUAUCCUGUAAGACUGAAAUUUGCUCAAUUUGUUGAACGUUAUCGCUAUUUGCUCCCUCACAGAGGUCGCACAGUACAAAGAGGAACUCCAUUCAGAGAGCUAUGUCGUGUGAUACUUGAAACGGCAGCAAGUGGUAGUGGUGAUUACCAGUUGGGAACAUCACGUGUCUUCCUACGAGAGGGCCUCGAACGAAGACUGGAACGUGAGCGUGCUGAAGUUGUUAAAAAGGCAGCCGUCACUGUGCAGCGACAUGUACGAGGUUGGCUGGCUCGACGACGAUACAGAGCCAUUCGCCGAAGUGCUGUAGUCAUCCAAGCACACCUGCGUGGCUGGUCUGCUCGACGGAAGUACCGAACUGUCAGACAUGGAGUUAUACGUGCUCAAGCACUCUUCCGUGGGCGUAGACAGAGAGUGCGCUACAAACAGCUGAAGGAAGAACUAAAGAGACGAGCUGAGGUUGAAAAGGUAGCACGUGAAAGAGCCCGAGUGAAGGCACAACGUGAGGAGCAGGAGAGGGCUUCUCGUGCUGUAGCUGGUGUGAACCACCUGGAGAUACCUGCAGAGUUAGCUUUCAUUUUUAGUAAACUUGAUGAUUGGCAACAAGUCCAUUCAGAAAGAAAUUUGGUAAAAGUAGUUGGUGGUGUACAGUCAUCUGCCCAGAAUGAGAAGUAUCAUCUACCACAUGACAUCGAUCAUUAUGCAUUUACUAAAUUCACCAAUGUCUACUUCAAGAGUCAUCUUUGGGGCAUGAAGAGGGAGCCUAUUAAGACACCGUUUCUUGCUAAGUCAAAAGACAUUGAUUAUCAGGAUUCACUGGCUAUUUUCAAGCUGAUUCUGAGGUUUAUGAAUGACAAUAAUUUGAGUGGCAAGAAAGAAAUUGCACUUGGUGAUUACAUAGCCAACAAGGGAAUAAUCAAUGAAAAAAUGAGGGAUGAAAUCCUGUGCCAGUUGUGUAACCAGACGUGGAAAAAUGAGAAUGAUGCAAACAAUGAACGAGGGUGGCUGUUGAUUGCGAAUUGUCUCUCUGUCUUUCCACCAUCAAAGACACUUUACAAAUAUUUACUUAAGUAUGUGUCAGAUAAUGCAUAUGAUGGCUACAAAGCAUUGUGUCAGCGAAAGUUACUGCAGUCUGCACGUGUGGAAAGUCAGUUGGCUCGCACAUAUCCCCCAAGUCUGCUUGAAUGGCGAUCCAACCGCAAGCGUGUGAAUAUGGCCCUUACAGUGCAUUUUGCUGAUGAGGAGACUCGAACUGCAGCAGUUGAUUCAUGGACAACAUGCGAGUCACUUGCUGCUAGUGUCGUUCGAGAACGUGGAAUUCCUGAAAGUUCAGGUUGGACUGUGGCUCUUGAGGGUGGCACUGGUGGCAAUGGUCUGGAGUAUGCCCUCGAUCUCAUCUCAGAGAUGGAGUUGAUGCCUGCAUUUCCUGCCUGUAAGAAUCCCACUUUUGGAGGUUCGCCUGCACCACGACAAAAUGUUAACAAGGUGGUUACCUCUACUCCUAAUGCAAGCCCCGUGCCUGGUGACGUAGAGCCUACAACAACCCCUAGACGACCAGCAGUGCCUCCACCAGAACCACCAGUUCACAAGCAGCCAGUCUUGGAUGUGCCAACGCCAGCAGCUCGCAGAGAGGAGCCUAGAGUUCGUUCACAGUCUCGUGACCACACUGUCCAGCAGACUGGUCUCUCGAGGAAAUCUGCACUUAAUGACCGCUACUUUGAGGACAGGGGACGUAGUCGUAGUCUCGAUAAUCUCCUUGAAGCGGAUGUGGCUGUCGCUCCAGCAGUUACACCCAGUAAGCUGUCAAGUCUUGGACUUUCUCAAAGCCGACUGAAUGAACGUUACCAUUCUAUUGAGAAAGUUGACAGCACUUCCACGGAACCAGGAAUGAGUAUGAUGCUGACUGCUGUCUCAAACAAAGAAUAUAUGACAAAGUCAGAAGCAUUAUUGGAGGAGAACUUGGAGUCUGUUUCCCAGCGAGGAGAAAAUACUCGAAAAUACAGCCACAGUGCCAGAUCAGCAGAAAUAAAUGGUGGUCAUGCAAGCUCUUCCGCAGCAUUGGAUCAGUUACCAUCUGAUUUGUUGGAUGCCCCUCGUGACCGUGAAGAGUUGGCACUUGAUUUUGACUACCAUGAUUUGGUGAGUCAGUCCCGUAGUGAGGAUGACAAAGGGAGCUAUGUACGUCCAGGCCACCCACGGUUUAUAAAGUCACACUAUGCGGGUAAAAGGGCAGCACCAGGCAGCCAUUCAAGUCGAGCGUAUAUUGAGACUCGCAACUCAGAGAAAUCAGAGUAUGGUGGCAAGUCAUCUGCUUUGUCGGACACAAGUGAAGCACCUUCUCUUGCUUCACAUGUCCGACGUGUUCGAGUACCCUCUCAAGCAUCAGAUGUGGACCAGUUCCUGGAUGAUCUGUUUAUGCCUGUGCUCGAUGGCAGUUUGGAUGAGCUUUCAGAUGCUCGGUCUUUGGCUGCCUCCAUAAAAGGAGGGGGAAGUGACAAGACUCAUGAAGACAGAGAUAUGGAUGAUUCGGAUCAUGAAGUAGCCAGCCUUACUAGUCAAGGAAACAGGUGGCAACAGGAAAGUCGAAUAAUUGAGAAUGUGGAAGAUUACAUAAAAGAUUUGUUCAGACCAAUAUUUAUUAACAGUAGCCUUCGUGGUUUGACAGAAGUUUCAGCUAUGACAGAAGCCAUCAAGGGUGGUGGUGGUAUGGAGACACAGCAGACAUCAACACAACAGCAAACAACUGCAGCAUUUGGAUUCACACCCAUUGCUAGUAUGACAUCACCGGCACCUGUGGUCAUGUCUGGAAUGAUGUCACCUCCACCUGUCAUGAUGCCAUCUCUUCCCAUGUUUAGUCCAGGUCUGAGCCUGCCAACACCUUUUGGUGCUGCACCAACGGCGCCAGCAGCUGCACCCGGUGUGGACCCAGGCGUGGCUGCUGCUUAUCAGCGUGCCUUCUUGCAGACAGCAAUGGCACAAAACAUGCAGAUCCAGCAGCAGCUCUUAGCACAAAGUCAGGCAUUGCAACAAAUGCUUACACAGCCUGCUGCACAGUUGCAGAUGCAACAGAUGCAAGUGCAGAUGCAACAGCAGCAGCAAAUACAGCAACCUGCCUCUCAUCAUCUUGUGUCUGGACUGCACCAAUUUCCGGCACCUCCGCCGGUACCUGCUUAUGAUUCUAUAGACAGGAGUUCGAAGGUAUCUUUUCGAGAGCCGGAAAAUGGAGAACUCUGGUCAACUGAAAAACGCCAGACUACAUCUGUGCUGCAGUAUGCUGCGACACCUGCCUCCGCCAAUGGGCCUACAAGUAAACAGCCACCAAAACCCCCACAGAUUCCUCAGCAGGGUUCUCCUCUCAAAGAAGCUGCAUCUUCACCUAGGAAAAUGAGCCCCACAAAAAAUGCACACUCAGCUUUCACAAAUGUAUUGUCUGAGCUCAAGAAUAGGAAGAGUUCAGUUGAAUCUACAACAUCAUACACUAAGGCACCAUCACCUGGAAUGGCACCACCUCCUCCCCCUCCACCUAUGCCACCACCUCCUGACCAUUCUGACCCUUCAGAAGCUAGACCAUUCUUAGAUCCAUAUGGACGAGCAAAGACUGUUCGCAUUGGGAAAUGGCGAUGGCCUCCUCCUAAAAAUGAGACAGAAGAUCCCAAUGACAGUUUUUUGCAGUUCAAGCUGCGGCAGCAUCAACGCAAGAAUACACCACAGUCACAGCAGCAAUACAGCCAGGAAUAUGGUGAUAUGACUGAGGGCAUUGAAUGGGAAGAAUUUGAAAUACCAGAGAGAGGGGGAAGGGUGACAUCUCCUUCUCCAAGGAAGGACAGUCAUUCCAGCAAACCACCAGAAAUUUCUCCAACUAAAGAGAAAUCUUCUGCAAAGGCAUUUGAAGUUGGUGCUUCACGUCCAGCUCCAGGAAGUAUAGGAAAGCUCCGCAUCAGCAGUGAAAUGCGAUCAAAAUUGGAAAUGGUGACAGCAAAUCAUAGUAUCAGGGCAAGUAACAAACCAGAGAAGCCAGCUGUUCUUCCUGCUAAGCGAGAAGAUGCUCGUCCAGUGAGGAAGUUAGAAGAUAAUCGCCGACACAUGCUAGAGCAGCAACUGACCGGUCGGUGGGACUCUGUUGACUCCAUUGCAGACAUUCGAGGUGUUAGCAAGGAAGAACGAUCAGAUGUACAACAAACAAAUAUUGUCCGGAGCCAGGUAGAACGGAUGGAAAAAACAACUCCAAACCGCAUAGAGGAAAAACUACCUACCACGAAUGGAUGGGAUAGGCCAAGUGCAAAUGCAAUGGCUGAUAAGGCAGCUUGGGAGAAAGGUAUAGGCAUGAGUGGCUGGGAAACAGCAACCUGGGAAAGAGAACGUGAGCCGUGGGAGAGGCAUACAGGUGUCACACCGAAUUCUGGUUGGGACACAAAGCCAGCACCAUCUGCUGCCAGCAGCUGGAGGCCUGCUCCUCCACCACCUCCUGUCACCCCACACUUCAUCGAUACAUCCCCUACAUCACGGGCCAGCAGCUUCUAUUCCCAGAGUAAUACAAAUGCUCUUCCGAGGCCACGUUCCCCACCACCUCCAGUGCAACCUGGAGGGUUCUCUCAGCAGCAGUUGCAGCAACAGCAUACGUCCUAUCAACAAGUUGGUGCUUCUAGUCGACUCAUGGACAGAGACCGCCGUUCUUCUGCAUCAACGCAUCUGACAGAUCGUAUGGAACGUAUUGAGAUUGAGGAGUCAUCUGAAUUCCUGCAGCCUGUGGAUUCAGCACCACCACCAGCUGUAGAGCGACAGGAUCCUAGCCAUCAGCUUGAGGCUAUUAAAACAGUGCUGUUUCCUCCCAGCACUGCUGCUUACUUCACAUACAAUAGAGUAGCCUGGAGGCUUAUAGUCAGGAAAGAGGUGUUCACACCUAGUGAAGUCCUCACCAGCCCAUUGGCCUUGCAUCUAGUCUUUUGCCAAGUUGUCCAAGACUGUCUUAGUACUGGUUGUCUUCGUAUUUCAAGGGACCAGCGUACCAAAAUGAGAAAGUUGCUGGACAACUAUGGUGUUACCCUUAGCAACAUACACUCAGCUCAGCAAAAAGUUACCAUUAAGAAGAAUGUCGUUGACAUUGCUAAAGACUGGCCUAUUUAUUUUGCAAGAAUAUUUCCUGUAUCGGGUGGUCAUCAGCAUCCGACUGUUCAGCACCUGGCAGUAUCUCAUUCUGGGGUGCGUCUAGUGCGGCAGGACAAGGCGUCGUCCACCCAUGAUGCCCUUACUGUCACUGACACUUUCAGCUUUGACGAGAUUGCUGAAACAUCUGUACCAAAGAGCAGUGCAAUACAGCUGAUUCUGACGUCAGGUGUACGUAUCUUGUUAUACACACACAGAGCCAACCAGAUUCAGUCAAUGAUUGACAGGUACCAGCUGGAUUAUGAUAAGCUACACCAGAAACAGCAGCCUGUCAUUUCGGCUGUGGAUGGGUACCACCACCAGCAACAGCAGCAGCAGCAGACACAGGGUCAACAUCAACAAGUAUCACUGCAACAACACCAGCACCAGCACACCUCACCCCAACAUGGAAGCCCAAGGCGUGCUAUGUCACCACCUCCAGCUCACAACCAUCUGGAUGCAUGGACUGGGCGGCCUCAGCAUACAGGAACUGUGCUCACCACAGCACAUGAGCUGUCACAGCAGCAGUACCAACAACAACAACAACAACAACAACACAGUCUUCCAAAUCAGCACGAUGGCAAGCACUCGUUGUUGCAGUUCGCAAUGCUGCACUUUCGACAGAGUCCUGAGAAGUUUGAGAUGCUUAAAGCAGCUGAUGGAUCCAUCAGUGGCUCCUUGAAAGUGAUAGAGAGUCUAAAAAGUAAGAAGAACAAGAGCAAGAAAGGCAACAAGGAGAAUGAAUGGACAUGGAAAGAACAGGUGGAUCUGGUGAAAUUUAGUUCAUCACCAAUUGAACAAUCGUUAUUACGCCUGGAUUCCGUUGAACUCAAUGAUUUAGCCAUUGAAUGUUUUGUAUCAAUUAUGAGAUAUAUGGGAGACCUCCCCAUGCCAGCUGAUGUGACAGAGGUCAAAUGUGUUUAUACUAUACUUAUGCAUUGUCACAAACAUGAGCAGUUACGUGAUGAGGUCUACUGUCAACUCAUGAAGCAGACCACCAACAAUAAGUCAACAAGGCCAGACUCUUGCCAACGUGGCUGGAGGCUUUUUAGUAUAGUGGCUGCAUAUUUUGUGUGUUCGGAUGUACUUCGACCUUAUCUAUUUAAAUAUCUUGAAACAGCUGCUUAUGAUAAGAGAAGAGCAUACCAUGGUACUGCAACUGUGUGCCUGCAUAACCUACGUAAAACUUUUAAAUAUGGUGGUCGAAAAAAUGUUCCAAGUGUUGAGGAAAUUACUGCUAUCAGUGCAGGACGCAACUCAAAACGACAGAUAUACCGCUUACCUGGAGGCACAGAACGAGUUGUAAACACCAAGUGCACUACAGUUGUUCAAGAUGUGAUCGAGGAGAUGUGUGCUAUGAUAAAUGUACAGUCUCCAGCAGAAAUGGAUGAGUUCUCAUUGUACUGUAUAGUAGAAGGGGAUACAUUUACAAUGCCACUGGCACGUGAAGAAUAUGUGCUUGAUGUGACCACAGAACUCCACAAAAACCAGCAGGUUUUUUACUUAAUAUUUUGCCGGUCUGUGUGGCAUUUCCCUCUACGGCUUGACUCCCAUCUUUAUAUAGAAGUAGUUUUCAACCAAAUAGCACCAGAUUAUCUAGAAGGACUUUUGUUGGUGAUGCCAGGAGAGCAAUUGGAGCAAGAUGUCAUUUAUGACAUUGCUAAGAUGGCUGCAUUACUGCAUCGUGCUGCUGACAUGACACAUCUGCCAACAAUGAAAGAAACGAAGUUCUUGUUACCAAAGCCUGCCUUAUCAGUACGUGAUGUGAAACCAGCUCAAUGGGUAAACAUGGUGCAGAGCAACUGGCAUGAUGUCCAAGGACUGUCUACAAUACAGGCCAAAGCACAAGUAUUAGACAUUUUAUCUAAAUGGCCAUUGUUUGGAUCUAGUUUCUUUGCUGUAAAGCGUGUGUCAGAUCCAAAAGAGCGUUCAGAGCACAUUUUGGCCCUCAAUAGACAUGGUGUCCAUUUCAUUGAUCUGGUGACACAUGAAACACUGAUUCAUUAUCCCUUCUCUGAGGUGAUCUCAACCAGAAAAGUGAAGUCAGAGGAUGGCACUCUGUUUCUGGAUAUGAAAUGUGGUAACCUGAUGCAGCAGCGUAUUACUCGGCUACAGACAGAUCAAGCACAUGAGAUUUCACGCCUCAUUCGGCAGUACAUUACGAUGGAACAGAGACUCAGGCAUUCGUGAGGAGAAUUUCUGGUACUGCCUUUCACAGGCAGAACUGUUGUGUUAUUACAGACAUUGUGAACAUUUUGUGCUUCUUGAGAGAAAGGCCAAGUGUAUUACCAUUAGUGAAAUGUGCUGUGCAUCUAUUGAACAUGUAAAAUUGAAAAAAAAAAGAAAUUAUUCCCCAUAAAGGGAUGAAAGGCAAAUUCUUGCAGCACCACUUAAACUGCAUUUAUAUUUGCUUGCAAAAUGUGUAAUGAACAAACCUUGAUGUUGUAAAUCAAAGUUCUGUGGCGAGAAUAGUCUAAAUUUUCUUAUUCUGGAAGAACAUUGUUUGAGCAUCAAGCAUAUGAUAUUUGUAAAGUGCUGGUUUCAUAUAUAGUUUGUCUUAUUUAUAUUGUUAAUGGCUAGUGCUUGUGAGACCAGAGAAAGUGUUUGAAAAAUAUUCAUUGACUGAAAGGUGUUUUGUACAUUCAGGGUGGCAAAUGAAGUUAAAACCAUGUGGAAAGAUUUAAAAUACUAUACUUCCUUGUGAGUAAGAACGAAUUUUACUGACUUAUUGAGAAUAAUUUUUGGCAUAUUUUAAAUUGGCAGAUAUCCCUGAUACGUCCAGCUAGUGUAGUUUUAAGUUGUCAUAUUGAUAUUAUCUGUUACCAGAUAUCAAAAAGGUUCUGUUCUUUUCUAUGUAUAAAGUUGUCUACAGGUGCAUGUUAAAUGUAGAUUAAGCAUCUGUGACAGUAGUGCAUCUACAUUUUUAUUGUAAAGAAUUAUGUGCAGCUACCAAUAAAUUUGUGCUCAAAUGCAAUAAUUUCUGUAAAUUUAUUUGUAAAUACAUGUAACUGUAGCAAUCAUAAUUUGUCAUAUCACAUGCUGCUAUGGUUAAUUGAUGGCUGAAUUUUGUUGAGUUGCUUUUGCAAUAGCAAGCAGUAAGCUGUAUCGUUUAAUAACAUAAGAAAUGUCUGUCACUAAAUUGUAUCAGUGCUCAGGUUUAUUUACUGAUAAGUAUACUGGUCACGACUUUGUAAUGUUGUAUUGAAAUGUAGUGUACUCUUGAAUAAGUGGUGCCAAUACUUUGAAUUAUUAUGCAAGAAAUAUAAGACUUUUUUGUGUGCUGAACCUGUUUGGACCAUGAGAAAAGUAUGUUUGUUGUAAAGUGUGAUCGUAUGUGCAGAUAAGACUUUUGCACCUAUUAUUUGCUCAGUCAUUUAUUAUCUUAUGUGUUAUAUGAAAUGUGUAAUCAUAUGAGCUAAUUAUUUUACACCUUAAUCACAUGUAAUUAUAUACUUUCUUCUUUCAAUAAUAUGGCAUUCAUCCUGUAGUUCACAGUUUUCCCACUUGACAUUUGUAUGAUAUCAUUAACAAGAGAAGCCAGAUAUUGUACACCAUGGAUCCAGAUAAAUUGUCAUUUGGAUAUGAGAGAAAAAAAGCAGUUCUACAUUCCAAAGUUUGUGAGAAAAGUAACAGAAAUCUAUUCUUUGGCAUACAACUCAUAAUGAUUAUAAUCAAAUGUUGGUGUCACUCAGUAGAUGAGUGACUUAGGUAUUAUUAUUUCUGGGUUGUCAGAAAGACCAGUUAUUAUUAAUUUUAUUUUUUGCAUAAAAUAUAAAUUAUUAUGAAAUAAGACGAAAUUCCAGUGUUAUAUAUAUUUGUAUUCAUUUGAUCUGGGAAAAAAUAGUGAAUAUUAACAAAUUUCCAUUUUUAUUUCAUUAGAAGUUAAUAUUUAUUUCAAUAAAAUGUGCCUUUGUUACAGAGUUCCAAAUAUCUUUGUCUAUACAACAACAUACAUAGAAUACAUGAGGAACACCUAAAAUAUUCCAAUGUUGAUUGUUUUGUUUAAAAAUAUUUUUCAUAGAAACCUUUUCAUCAAAAUUGUAGUGCGAAUUUGAACCUGAAUUCAAAAACCUGGAGUAUGGUGCCUUCUUCACUCGUCCAAUGGACAAUAUUACAAACUGGUUGUAGUCAUUGGGGGAUCAGUGACAGAAGAAACUUUCGAUCUUUCGUGUUAGUUUCUAAAAAUGUAAUGUCACAAGCUAAAAUUUAUAAAUAUCUUCUCUUAAUGUAGAACGUCUGUACUAAAUUUCAUAUGAAGCCAUUGCCCACAAUUGGUGCAUCAAAUGCCCCUCACCUUGCAUUAAAAACAUUCAAAAUUUCAUUUCUAUUUAUCUUCUUUCUAAUAAGUCUCUGUCUGUCUUUUUUGUUACCAAAUGUUUUAAUGUUUGUUAUUGAAACAUCUAAAAUUAAUAUUCAUUCAAUAUGUUUCCUUACCACUUUUAUAUGUUCUUUUAAUAAGAGACACGAAAAUGCCCUUAUCAGUUACUUAACAUGUAAAACUGAAAUCGUACUUUGUGAUUGUAGGUUGCAUGCAGUUCAAGAUAUGUAUUAUGUAUUCUUUAUAUAUGGUUUCUCAUUGGACAGUCAAAUAUUCUACAUUUUGUUUUGGUGCUAAAAUUCUAAAAUGAAGUUCAAGCCCAAAGAUGAUCAUAGAUAUUUAUGUAAUGAAUCUAUUAAUUUUCUAUUGUGCUCUUUACAGCUUAAGUUCUUUGCUUUGAAAGAUAUUUGUUUAUCACAUACUCAUUUAAUUAUUAUGAGAAUUGUAAUAUUUUUACAAUAUUGAUGUACAUAUUUUAUAAAAGUAUGCCAUUAAAUAAAAAUUGUAAUGUCACUGUUGUAA